UGAACAACAACGACCGGAACACGGGGAAAACGUUACUAUUACGAGGUUAUAUAUUAACUAUAUAAAUUAAAUAAUAAAUUACUUUUGAAAAUGGAAAAUCAAGUUUUAACACCAGUCACACCAACGGUUGAACAAAUUAACGCUGAUAAAAUAACACAGCUUGCAAAUAAAUAUUGGGCGCCUCAUACUGCAACAUUUCAUUUACCAUUUGAUCCUCAAAUUGUUGAUAAUAUUUAUGUUGAUGAAAUAUGUGUUACAAAAUUUUCAAUUCGACGAAUAAUGAUGUUAGAAUUUAGUCAAUAUUUGGAAAAUUAUUUAUGGCCAAAUUAUAUAACAGAAAAUGCAACAAGAGCACAUACAAUAUCAAUUGUUGUGAUGGUUAAUGAAAAAUUUCGUGAACGUGUACAAGUAUGGGAGGCUUUCAAAAAACAACCAAAUCAAUUUUCUGGAUUUUUUCAAAAAGUUCUUGAGGCAUGCCUUGAAGAAAGUACAUUUGAUUAUGAUUUAAAAGAACAAACUGCACUUGUUGUUUUUCUUAAUCAUUGUUUUAAUUCAAUGGAAGUGAGUUUAGUGAGAGAAGAAAUAAAACGAUUAAUUGCCCUCACAAUGUGGACAUCAUUGCAGGAGGGUCGUAGAAUUUUUGAAUUUAAAAAACAUCCCAAAUGGAAGAAAUAUUGGGAAAAAAUUUUAAAAAAAGAUAAUCCAAAUUUAAAGGAAAAAUUAGAAUGGGAGAGAAAAUUUUUACAUAAAUUGAUGAUUAAAUUUAUUAAAGUUUUAGAAGAAAUUCCAUUUGAAGGAAAUGUUUUACCGGAUAGAGUUAGAUAUUGUGAGAGAUUUUUAGAGCUUAUGAUUGAUUUGGAGGCAUUAUUAUUGACGAGACGAUUUUUUAACACAGUAAUGGACGAUUGUCAUUUAGUUGUACGAUGUCAAUUAUCAAAUUUGCUAAAACGAACCGAAGGUGGAUUAUUUGGUCAACUUCUGGAAAUGCUGAAAUUUUAUGCAAGAUUUGAAAUUAAUGAAGAAACUGGAGAGCCAUUAACGGAUCAUGAUAUGACACAAUUACAUUACACAAAAAUUACAUCCCUUCAGAAAGUUGUAUUUGCAAAAUUUGAAGAUUUACGAAAUUUCUCAUUGGCUAAUGUUGCUAGUGUUGAUACAAGGGAUGCUCUGUACAAACAUUUUGGUUUUCUAAGUGAAGAAAAAUUAAGAUUAAUAGCCAGUUACUUGUAUUUAGUACCACCUGAGGAUCGUAAAAAUAAUGAAAAUUGGUUUCGUCUUGAUCUAGACUUCCUGAGAGAAUUAUUGAUAUCAAGACACGAGCGUAGAGCAUCACAAUUGGAAGAAUUAAACGAAAUGCCUUUAUAUCCAACUGAAGAAGUUAUUUGGAAUGAGAGUAUUGUUCCAACAGAAUAUUUUUCUGGCGAAGGAUGUCUUGCAUUACCAAAAUUAAAUUUACAAUUUCUCACAUUGCACGAUUAUCUAUUGAGAAAUUUUAAUUUAUUUCGCCUUGAAUCAACUUAUGAAAUCCGACAAGAUAUCGAGGAUGCAGUUAGUAGAUUAAGUCCAUGGCAAGCUGAAGACGGUGGAGUUUAUUUUGGUGGAUGGGCAAGAAUGGCACAACCAAUAACAGAAUUUGCUGUUGUUGAAGUUGCAAAACCAAAUAUUGGAGAAAAAAGACCAUCUCGUGUGCGAGCAGAUAUUACAAUUAAUUUAAGUGUCAGAAAAGAAAUCAAAUCAGAAUGGGAGAAUCUUAGAAAACAUGAUGUGUGUUUUCUCAUAACGGUCAAACCAAAAAAUCCAAUUGGUACUAAAUAUAGUCAUAAAUUGGCGUUUAUACCACAAGUUGGUUUAACAACAGUACGUGGUUGUGAAGUUGAAGGUAUGUUGGAUUCAAAUGGUCGUGUUAUAGAAGAUGGUCCAGAGCCAAGACCUAUUUUACCAGGUGAUACGCGUAUCUAUAGAGUUUGGUUGGAUUCAAAUCAAUAUCGAAUCGAUAUGGAUAAUGCAAGUCAUGGAAGCGAAGAUGUUUAUGAAAGUUUUAAUAUUAUUAUGAGAAGAAAACCAAAAGAAAAUAAUUUUAAAGCAGUAUUGGAAACAAUUCGUGAAUUAAUGAAUACGGAAUGUGUUGUUCCUGAUUGGCUUCAUAAUAUUAUUUUAGGAUAUGGUGAUCCAGCAGCUGCACAUUAUUCACGAAUGACAAAUGAAAUAGCAGAUAUGGAUUUUAAUGACACGUUCUUGGAUAUAAAUCAUCUUCGUUCGAGUUUUCCUGGAUAUGAUAUAAAAUUAUCGAGUGAUGAUUUAAAAAAAUUAAUAGGCCCAUUUCGAUUGACUUUUCAAGAUGUUUUGGAUAAACAAAAUGGAAGGGAGGAGAAAAAGGAAAUAAUUGUACGACCUCAUAUUCCACCGAGUCGAGGUCCUUACAAAGCUAACGAACCAAGAAAAAAUCAAAUUCCAUUUACUCCGACUCAAGUGGAAGCAAUUCGUGCUGGAAUGCAACCAGGAUUAACUCUUGUUGUCGGUCCACCUGGUACAGGUAAAACGGAUGUGGCAGUACAAAUUAUAUCAAAUCUUUAUCAUAAUUUUCCAAAUCAAAGAACUUUAAUUGUAACGCACUCGAAUCAAGCUUUAAAUCAACUUUUUGAAAAAAUUAUGGCCCUCGAUAUUGAUGAGAGACAUCUUUUGCGUCUUGGUCACGGUGAAGAGGCUUUAGAAACUGAAAAAGAUUUUAGUCGAUACGGCCGAGUUAAUUAUGUAUUGGCAAAAAGAAUGAAUCUUCUCGAGGAAGUUCAGAGAUUAAAGGAGUCUUUGAAGGUAAAAGGUGAUGUUGCCUACACAUGUGAAACAGCAGGUCAUUUUUUUAUGUAUCAAGUAUUGACACGAUGGGAAAGAUUUGAAACAAGAAUAAAACAACGAGGUGGUAAUACAAGUAGUCAUUCUAUUCAAUUUGUCAAUCAGGAAUUUCCUUUUCAUAAAUUUUUUGACAAUGCACCACAACCAUUAUUUAAAUGUCAGUCUUUUGAUGAAGAUUAUGAAAUUGCACAAAGUUGUUUUAGAUAUAUUGAGCGAAUUUUCACUCAACUUGAUGAAUUCCGUGCAUUUGAACUUUUACGCUCAGGACUUGAUCGUUCGAAAUAUUUAUUGGUGAAAGAAGCUAAAAUAAUUGCAAUGACUUGUACACAUGCGGCGUUAAAAAGAAGAGAACUCGUUGAUAUGGGAUUUACGUAUGAUAAUAUUCUUAUGGAAGAAUCGGCACAAAUAUUGGAAAUUGAAACAUUUAUUCCUUUACUUUUACAAAAUCCCCAGGAUGGAUAUAAUCGAUUGAAACGAUGGAUUAUGAUUGGUGAUCAUCAUCAAUUACCGCCUGUAAUAAAAAAUAUGGCAUUUCAAAAAUAUUCAAAUAUGGAACAAUCAUUAUUUGCUCGAUUUGUUAGAUUGGGAGUACCAACUGUUGAUCUUGAUGGUCAGGGUCGUGCGAGAUCAAGUAUAUGUAAUCUUUAUAAUUGGCGAUAUAAAAAACUUGGUAAUUUAACGCACGUGGAAAAUAGUUCUGAAUAUUUAGUGGCAAAUUCUGGUUUUCUUUAUGAUUUUCAAUUAAUUAAUGUUGAGGAUUUCAAUGGAGUGGGAGAAAGUGAGCCGAGUGCAUAUUUUUAUCAAAAUCUCGCCGAAGCCGAAUAUUGUGUUGCAGUUUUUAUGUAUAUGCGUCUUUUAGGCUAUCCUGCUGAUAAAAUUAGUAUAUUAACCACUUACAAUGGACAAAAACAUUUGAUACGCGAUGUCAUCAAUAUAAGAUGCGCAAAUAAUCCUUUGAUUGGUCGACCGAAUAAAGUAACGACUGUUGACAAAUAUCAGGGUCAACAAAAUGAUUAUAUUAUUUUGUCUUUAGUGAAAACACGAGCAGUUGGUCAUUUACGUGAUGCAAGACGUCUUGUUGUUGCAAUGUCUCGUGCACGAUUGGGACUCUAUGUCUUUGCUCGUGCUUCGUUAUUUAAAAAUUGUUUUGAAUUGACGCCAGCAUUUAAUCAACUAAUGCUUCGUCCAAUGAAAUUAGUACUUUUGCCUCAUGAGACAUAUCCUUCUACAAGAUUAAAUACUGAUUCUCCAUCUGUUCCUUCAUUGGAAAUUGAGGAUAUGCCACAUAUGGCUAAAUUUGUUUAUAAUUAUUAUAUGGAAAAAGUGAGCACAAUGAAGGGUGUACACAAGGGUAUAAUGGAAGGUGUUGAAGAUGAAUUUCUUGAAAAAGCAACAAAAAGAUAUCAUGAAGACGGACCACAACUUGAAAGAGAAUCAUCUGAUGACGAAGAUGAAGGUGACGAUAAAGAAGCUGAAGUAAUUACUACGUAAUGGCUAAAUUUUUAAAAUAAAGACAAUUGUAUUAACGCGCAAUAUCCAUCACCUGAUGAUUGGUAAGACAACUGUUUGGGAUUCAAGCUUCGAGAUUAUAUAAGUUUGGUAAGUAACGACCAUUGUGCAUCCAUAUAAAAAUAAGCUGAGCGCAGCACUUUGUAAAUAAGCUUUACGUAUAGCUUUCAAAACAUUUUUUAUUCGAAUUUUUCUCAACAAUAUUUCCGGAAUAAAAUUGUAAUUUAAAAAAAAAGAAAAAAAA